CAAGUUAGCAUUGCUCCUUUUUUGAGUUUUGACCCCCAUCAAACAGCUGCUAUUAUGCAUCUCUCCCAGGUGUUUUCAUGUAUCCUAGCGACAUCUGGAGUUGUAGCUGCUGCGGAAUAUGCAUCAUUACAUAGCGGGCGAGAUCUAUCAGGGGCUAGGCUGGGUAUUUGGUCCCUCAACGAAUGCUUAAGACUACCAGAUAACGGAUAUGGCCAUGUCGCGUCGGGACAGACGUAUGGGCCGUUUCCUGUAGCCUGCACUUUAUACUCCGAUGCCAACUGUACCGCUCCACACAUUGAAUUAUUCACAAAUACCAACAGCCCUAAGAACUUUGCAAGUCUGACGAGCCGAUCAGUGUACUGCAAGUAUCGCUAGAAGCGGAUGGUCGUGCUGUCGCAUCCCUUGUAAAGGGUUUUUGCCUUCAUUCCUAUGAGGGUGAUAUUAAUCCCUACGGUUACUGUUCUUUUGAGAGAGGGAAUAUGGGUGCUGCAAACUCGCGUGUCUUGUAUUGGGGGAGCUCAGGGUGGCGGCCUGAGUACUUUGACGAAUGAAGUGGAAGAGACAAAUACAGGCUACAUACUUCAACAUGGCUGACAUUAAUGCUAUGUGUCUACUGGCUGUAUGUAUUGAGUCUAAUGUUU